AUGACCCCAAAGCAAUACUCGAAAGGACUUUCAUAUGUAAAAAAAGUUCCACGUUUCUUAGAAGGAUUAAUUGAUAAUGAUUCUGCUCAAAGAAAAUUUAAUUCGGAUGAGGACGAUUAUGACAUCGUUCCACAGAAUCAAUCAAAUGAAGAAGAGGAAGGAAUCGAGCUAAUCAAUUCACAUGAUGAAGAGAAACCACAGAUCGUGGUAUUGCGAGAGGGUAAACAUAUGUCGGAGGAGCAAGUUAAGGAUUAUUUGGAACAAAAAUUAAGCACCAAAAAAGAGAGUGACUUUACUGAUGACAUUGAAAGUAAAACAUCUGACAAAGGUGAUAAAAAAGAUAAAAAAUUAAAGGUUGGCAAAACUAAAGCUAAAUCCACCAAAAAAUUGUUAAGUUUUAAUGCUGAUGACGAUGAUGGUACUAAUUAUGAAGUGAUUCCAAGUAAUUUUCCGGAAACGCUCGAUAAACAAAAAUACACUCCCGAAGAGUAUGUGAUAGCGAACGCGAUUGAGAAGGGAAAAGAUGUCUAUACGAGACUAACGACGCAACCAUCAUCAUCAUCCUCCAGACCAGACUUGAUUAUCUCAGCAGACACAGUGGUCGUGUAUGAGAAUCAAACCUUGGAAAAACCUGAAUCCCCUGAACACGCUUUCGAGAUAUUGAAAUCAUUAAAUGGCAAUACUCACGAUGUAUUUACUGGCGUGGCAUUAAUUUAUCCGUUAUCUAACAACGACGGCGAUAAUAUUAAGUCAAAAAAUAACCAGCUCGAUUAUAAUAUUCGUACAUUUGUAGAAAAUACCAAGGUUACUUUUCGAAAUACAAGCGAUGAAUUCUUUCGUGCUUAUAUUGAAACUGGUGAACCGAUGGAUAAAGCUGGCAAGUUAUCUCUUGUAUCUGCAUAUGGUUAUCAAGGAAUCGCUGCACACUUUGUAGAAAAGAUUGAUGGAUGUUACUAUAAUGUGAUUGGAUUACCAACCAGAUUAUUUAUAGUGUUACAAGAAUUAGUGAAUAAAGGUGAUAUUUAG